AUGGAGCAAGACCAGAUUCCCAGCCAGAAGCCUGGCCAUCCGCCUGUUCAGUCGGCCCUCCUUGAAACGCGGACCGCCGAAAACAGCGCCGCUCACCUGCUGCCCAAGCUGCAGUCCAUGAAGGAGUCCAAACCCGGAUUGAGGCUCCUGGACGUCGGUGCCGGGCCGGGGACCAUCUCGGUGGGUUUUGCGAAGCUCCUCCCGGACGGCCACGUUACCGGCAUCGACGUCAACCCCAGGGUCUUGCCGCGGGCUCGAGCCGUCGCCGAGAUUGCCGGCGUUACAAACAUCGAGUUUCAAGAGGGCAGUGUCCACAAGCUCCCGUUUGCGGACGAGACGUUCGACGUCACCUAUUGCCAUCAGGUGCUGACCCACGUUGGCAACCCGUGGGACGCGCUGCGUGAAAUGCUCCGGGUCACGAAGCGAGGCGGCGUCGUCGCCGCCCGCGAGGGCGACUACGAGACGGAGUGCGUCUGGCCCGACGUUCCCGAGCUGUCCAAGACCCACAGCCUCAUUGCUGCCCUCAUGCGUGCCGGCGGUGGCACUUCAACUGCAGGCCGACAGCUGUUGUCCUGGGCACUCAGGGCCGGUAUAGAGCGGAGCCGGAUCACGGUCAGCUCCAGUACAUGGCUGUACGCCACGCCAAGCGACAGGAGAAUCUGGGCCCAAGGCAUGUGCGAUCCUCUUCGGAAAGGUUCUUUGCGCGACAAAGCUCUCCAGUCCGGCUUAGCUACCGAGGAUAACUUCGAAGAUAUGGCCAAGGCUUGGGAGGCGUGGGCGGAGAUCGAAGAUGCGACUAUGGCCAUGAUGCACGGAGAAAUUCUCGUCCAGAAGUAA